AGUGAAUGAGGUAACCACAAUCAAACACACACACACGAAAAAAAAAAAAAAACUAACACUUCCUGAUACCUCUUCUUCAAGUCCACGUAGACAUUCCGGCAAUCUUCUCCGAUCAAUCUCCGUUUCCGGCCAUUAACUUCUCAAAUAAAAAAAAUGAUCAGACUAGAAUGAGCAUUUCCAUCGGUGACCUAUCAUGUCAGUCUCGUGCUCCGACUGCUUCUCCGACCUACUCUGCGGCGAAAACUCCGAUACCGUUUUCUCAAACGGAGGAGGAGAGGAUUUGCCGGAAUGUUCCUCGUCGGAUAUCGAAUCUCCGUUCGCCGAUAUCGAUGAAUCUAUCGCCGGUCUUAUUGAAGACGAGCGAAAUUUCGUACCUGGAUUUGACUAUAUCGAGAAAUUCCAAUCUCAAUCUCUAAGCGCCGCCGCUAGAGAUGAAUCCGUUGCAUGGAUUCUCAAGGUACAACGCCACUAUGGUUUCCAGCCUUUAACGGCGUAUCUCGCCGUUAACUAUUUUGAUCGUUUUCUCUACUCGAGAAGCUUGCCGCAAACAAAUGGUUGGCCACUGCAACUACUGUCGGUUGCUUGCUUAUCUUUAGCAGCAAAAAUGGAGGAACCUCUUGUUCCUUCUCUUUUGGAGCUUCAGGUUGAAGGUGCAAAGUAUAUAUUUGAACCAAAAACCAUCCAAAGAAUGGAGUUUCUUGUGCUGAGAAUAUUAGAUUGGAGGCUCCGAUCGAUAACUCCGUUUAGCUUCCUCAGCUUCUUUGCCUCUAAACUUGAUUCACUCGGAACUUUCACUGCCUUCCUUAUCUCAAGGGCUUCUCAGAUUAUCCUCUCAAAUAUUCAAGAAGCUAGCUUUCUUGAGUAUUGGCCAUCAUGCAUAGCUGCAGCUACAAUACUGUGUGCAGCUAAUGACCUUCCUAAUUUCUCUUUUGUGAAUGCUGAACAUGCUGAAUCCUGGUGUCAUGGACUCCGCAAAGAUAAAAUCGUGGGCUGCUAUGAAUUAGUGCAAAAGUAUGCAAUUGCAUUAAGGCCCCGGAGAUUUCCAAGAGUUUACCCACAGGUACGAGUCAUGACUCGGGCUAGUACUACUACUACUACUAUAGCAUCCAGUGACUCGUCAUCGUCCUCAUCAUCCUCUUCCACAUCUUAUAAAAGGAGAAAAUUAAAUAACAGCUGGUGGAGUGCCACAGAUGACGACAGUUAAGAUGUGGGAAUAAGGGGGCUAGGGAAAAGAAAAAAAAAAGAAAAAGAAUCCUCAGUAAUUUUUUUCAUCUUUGAGGGUGUUUUUGAGUUUAAUUUGACAGAUGAGUGGUGUAGAUUAUAUGAGAGUUUAGUAGAGAAGAAGAAAUGCCAUUCAAUAAAUGGCUUUGCAGAUUCCCAAGGGAAGGGGAUUUGGUACAUAUUAUUUUGGAGAUUGUUUAAUUAUAGCUAGCAAGUAAGUGGAGUGAUAUGGAGUAUUGUGAAUGAAGUGGGGUUUGUGAUUGAAUUCAAAGAGAGCAUUGAUUAUUGAAAUGGAAGAAGGGUAUGGUGGAGCCCAUUUGCAAAGGAUUGGAGAAGUGAAAAUUAAAUCAGAAAUUUGAAAUUUGGGCAACAAAUGCAUUGUGAUGAAUAAGUCAAGAAGGCUCUUGAUAUAUAUAUAUAUAUAUAAACUAUAUAGGGCCACCAUUAUUGCUUCCAACUUCUACACUAGCUCCAAGAAAGUGAAGGAAAAUGAAUGAAAGAAAAAAACAAGGGUUACUGAACUUCAACAAUAACAGUUGGCUCUGUAUAAUCAGACUUUUUGGUUUGAGGUGUGUUCUAUACACACUGUGUAUGUGUGCUUUUUUGGCGGGAAAAUUUGCCUUUUUUUUGUUUGUGUCCUAACCAUAUACUGGACUAUUUUUUUUUUCUCUUUUUCUUUCAAACGUGUAAUGGAUACACGUGUGUAUUCUUUUAAUUUAUUUCUUUUUUAAAAUCAAAAGAGGAGGUAAAUAUGGAAAAAAACCACCUCUGAUCUUUCCGGCCAAAAUUUGGCCUAACCAUACAAAGGGUCUUUGGGGCCUUUUAAUUUCCUACUUUUUUCUCAAAGUGUGUUGUAUUUUGGAUUCAUGUAUCAAACAUGAUCAUGUUACAUAUAUCUAGUAUAUAUGAAUAAAAUUAUAAUAAAAUGUUUCCUAUUUUUA